ACCAAUCCUCAGGGUCUGCGACAUCCGCCCUAAUUUCAGCAACCACGUCGGCCCCGACGAGACUUGACAUUCCAAUUCUACGCCUACGGCCGAGACUUGCACCAACCAGAGUCAGGUGUAAGAGAGAAGGGAGGCAAGGAGCGCUGUGGUUAUCGUACUACGUCUGUGCAUCUGACGUCGCUCGCUUCUCAUCGCAUUGUUGUGGCUGUCAUUCGUCGCUCUUUCGAUCUUCGCCCUUCACCCUCGAUUCAACCUUCAAUCCACAACCCGAAAAAAACCAUUAGGUCGAAUCGUACCUUAAACGGUUUCUGCUAUUGACGAUUUAAUCCGACGAAUAUCUUCAAUGUCUCAACAUGUGUGAUUUGCGACCGAUCACUUUCGAUACUACCGAUUUCGUUGCUGUCGCCUUUUCUGUCCGAUAGAGGACAAGCGUGCGUUACAGGCACUGCCUGUCCUCCCUUUCGAUACAGGCGUGUCCGUUCGACCACCUGACGAAACCCAAUGAUGGAUCCUCCACACAUUACUGAAUUCGCCUCACAGCGAUAUUUCGAGAAACUUAGGCAGCUAAGCGAGUCAAAAGAACAGCCUCAAGAUGCUGUUGCACACUCGCACGAUGGUCCUAUUGUGGCCGAAUCGUCCACCUUUAUAUUACCCAUUGGCAAGGCAAAGUCAAUUGAUCAAACUUCCCACGAUUUCCAGAAAACAGAGAAGCGUCGCGCGAAUUUCAGCUUCAGGACGAUAUUACCGACCCGCAGUUCCGUCGAUCACGAUACUCGGAGAUUGUCCGUUGAGUCUACAAAGAGGAGGAGCACGCCUUUCGACCAAUUAUUCUUGGCAUUACCCAACGAGCUGAAGAUUCAGAUUAUCGCCUCCUUACCUUUAUCUGAUAUCCUUAACCUUCGUCUAGCGUCGCGGUCGUGGCAUGCGAUGAUCACGGUCAACGAACUCCCGAUUGCGCGAUAUCACUUACAACAUCACGUACCGGCCUAUGCGAAACGAUUAUAUCCGGCACCCGACCCGACUACCAUACGGCUCCAUUAUCUUUGUGGGAUAUGGCACCGACUGCAUGUUGCCUCCAAGCUCUCCUUUUUAAUAUGCGAGAGGGUAACGAAGGAAAUAUUUCUAAGAACUACUGAGGCUCAGCGUCUCGAAUUCGAACCACAAUACGAGCGGAUGCGCCGCCGACUAAUACCACUACUCUUCACGAUAUUUCAUUUCUUCGAAACUUACCGGACAUUACAUAUCGAAUAUAUCAAAGAGCACGGACAUGGCUUAUCAUACGAGCCUUAUACUAUCAACCCUAUCGAAGCGAAGAUCAUGAGCAUGUACGAUGAUCAGACAUUAUUACGCGUUCACCAGGUAUUUCCCCUGGUUGUAUCUUCUUUCUGUAGACGACUUCGGCCUCCCUCGUAUGUUGGUCGACUAGAGCGUUCUUUGAGAGGUUACUUAAAGGAUCGACCGCCUGACGAAGUUUACGUAACGGCUAUGUGUGUUGGUGGGCUUCGACAAGUAGAACGAUUUUGGGAGAUUAAGGGAUAUAAUUCAAGAAGAGGAGCCGUGGAUUCGUGGUAUAGUUCGGUUAUGAAGGAGCCGCCACCUAUGGAGCCGGCGACAAAAACGCGACGUGGAUUUAUGGGGAUUAGCCGGAAAAAGUCGAAUGCUGGCGAAGAACAAUUCACGAAAUUUGGAGAGGCGCAUGGGGGCGGUCGUGGACGGCAAGGGUCGGAGACGGGUCGAAGGGGUAGCGACGUAUCGAUGGUUAAUGCGUGGGAAAGUUUGGUGUUCCAUAGCAGCCUAGGCGAAGGCAUGCCGAUGGGAGAACUAUCACGAGAACAACUUAAGAUACUACUGCCCGAUCUACCGACGUUGCAACAAUUGUGGCUCCCGACGGCUGAGGCCCUUAUACUCGACCGAGGGAUUGUCGAGCGGCCCCAGGACAUCAAGCGCAACGCGCAGGUUAUGCUGGAGUUAAUUCGUGAAGACGGUGCCGCUGAAGAGGACGAAUGGUGGUACGGGCGGGCAGCGCCAGACUCUGUCCGACCACCCCUCGAAGCUAUCGAGGAAGAUCCUAUCGAAUAAUCAUAUCUAUCCUACUAUUUAUACCUACGAGGAGGCGGUUGAAUUUAGUCGAUUGAUACCAUGCAUGGGCGUAUUAGAAGAUAUCCGCGGGUGGGCUUAGCCAUUGUCUAGCCAUGUCAUAUCAUAUCCCAUAUAUCAUGAGCAUUUGCAAGGCGUUUAUACAAGGGGCGGAAAUUUUUACCAUUUACCAUUUAUCGUCAAUUCGUUAUCUUUUUUUUCUAUUCGGGGAUAGGACCAUUAUUUUUCUCAUCCCUCUUCAUGGU